AUGGCAGGUUACUACCGAAAGUUUUGCCCAGAUUUCUCUACUGUUACUCAACCCCUAACCGAGCUACUGCGAAAAAACGUUAAAUUUAUAUGGACAGAACAUUGUCAAUCAUCAUUCAACCGACUUAAUGCAUUGUUGCAAAGUGCUCCUGUUUUGUCAGCCCCAGAUUUCAGCCGCUCCUUUAAACUAGCUGUAGAUGCAAGUGACAUCGCUGCCGGAGCAGUAUUAUUACAAGAGGACGACGAUGGAAUCGACCGUCCGGUAGCUUAUUUUUCCCGCAAGUUUAACCACCGUCAACGCAAUUAUUCCACAGUUGAAAAAGAAUGUCUUGCCCUUAUCCUCGCCCUUCAACAUUUUGACGUGUAUGUUUCUUCAGCCGGAGUUCCUAUCGAAGUAUUCAGUGAUCACAAUCCACUGGUUUUCAUCCACCGAAUGAAGGACAAGAAUCAACGUUCGUUGCGAUGGAUCUUGAUAUUAUCGGAAUACAACAUGCACAUACAACACAUAAAAGGACAAGACAACUUGAUCGCUGAUUGUCUUUCAAGACCAUGA